AUGUUAUAAUUAAUAUUUUAAGAAAAUAAUAAUAUAUUAUAUAAGCACUUAAGAUUGAAUUAAAAGAAGUUGAAAUGUAAUUUUCAUACCAAUUUCUAAGCACUGAUUCUAGUUGGCUCUGUAGCAACACGUUUACCCACAUUUGUAAGAGGUGAAUUCAUCGGGGAUUGCAUAGGAGAACCAAGCGGAGAUUCAAAGCCAUUGUUGAAUGAAUAUCGAAAGGGAGAGCCUAAUUUAUUUCUCAAAGGAGGUCCUAAUGUAUUUAUUUGAGGAGUUCCUAAUCCUGAUCUUAAUGGAGAGCCUAAGGGGGACCCUGCUACAAAAGACAUAGAGUUAAUUGCUUUUUGAUCCUGCAAGUUGCUUGAACUCUUGAUGAUAUUGAUAGAGAGUUCUUUAUAUCUAUGAUAUCUCUUAAUCCAAGGACUCAUUUGUAUUUCACUCGUUGUAGGCCUUCGAUACGGAUCGUUUUCCAACAUUUAUUUGAUCAAUGAUUUGCAUUCUUCACUAAUUCCGAAUUUGAAAAACAAUUAUCCAAC